UUCUCUCCCUUCCCCAACCAUCCCCGCCGGCACCAGUUCUUCGCCACGCCACCACCCCUCCUCCACGACUCGUGCUUGGACCAACUGCCCCAAACCGAGGGCGCACAGGCGGGUAUAACACCCAGCGAAGAAGCAGGGACAAAAUCGCAUGGUUGAAUCCAACAGCGCCGUGUGGGGCAUCAUCCUGGAUCGGAUCACGGGGCGGCUUGUGUUGCAUCUGCCACUUGCCGUUCCUCCCGAUUCAUCCGUCGCCGCCAGAGGAGGCAGCCUGCUGUCCCCCAGCCCCUUCUCUCUUUCACCUAAUUCUCGAGCGGAGGCAGACACUGACGAGGUCUACGCGCAGGCGCAUGCCAUGAUCAUGUCCGAGCCGGAAGUUAGCUCUUAUUUUUCUGUGCCGCGCGCGAUGGGUGUUCAGUCCGUUGAAAUGAGACGGCGGUGGACAUGUCGAGCCCUAUUGGCGUUUGUGAUUUUACUUCUCAGAGCGAAUUCCAUUUGAACAAGCUAGCGGAUCUAGAUCCGGGACAGCAUCCCUAUUUGGGGACGCUGCUCCCACACCGGCGGCCCAAUACGCCAGCCCCGGUAGAUUUUAAAAUUUAAAUUCAAGUUUGCAAAACAAUAUUCAUACUAAGUUCGAACGAAAUUUGUACAAAUUUAACGCAAUUUCAAACUAAAACACUAAAAAAACAACUAGCGGCGCUGGGAGUCGUCGCCGCUGAAGUCCAGGUCGUCGCCACUGGAUGACCCGAAGGACCAGCUAUCGACAUCGUCGGCCUCCUCCUCGUCGGCCUUCUCCUCCUUUGUUGCCGGCAGCUCGGAUGGUCCGGCGAGGUCGACGUAGUUGGUGCCGUGGUCCCUGGCGGACCACACCGCCGCCUGCCGCGGGUCGAUCGCAAUGUGACAGUAGUCUUCAUCGACGGACGGCCGAGGAUGAAGUUCUGGUCGGGGAAGCCCUCCUCGUCGCCGUCGCCACGGAGGGCCGCCUGCGCCUCGGCCUCCUUCUCCCACCAUUGCUUGACGCGGGAGCGGCGGCCCGACCCCAUCGUCCGACGAGCCGGAGUAGAGGACGCGCGCCUCGCCUCGUCGCGGAUGACGACGCCCCCGGAAGGAGGCGUGGGCGCGGCAGAGCGCGUGCGCGCGACGGCAGACGAUCCGGUACGUGAGGUUCCGGACGCCGCGGUCCUUUCCGGCGCCCUCUGCAGGGUAGGCGACGGCGCCAUGUUCGCCGCCUGCGGGAAGUAUAGCGGCUCCAGUUGCCCGCAGACGUGCGGACGGAAGCCGUACUGGCAGAGCGUGUCGUCGACGGAGCGGCCGUACCACCAGGCACGGCGGCCGACGUUAUUGAAGCGGCCGCCCGAGGGGUUGUCCGACCGUGCGAGCUCGACGUCGCGCUCGCGUUCGAAGUGCCCUGCCCAGGACGGGCUUUCGAGGGCGUUCUCCGGCAGGCUCCUCUCCUCCGGCGUCAUCUCGGCCCGCCGUUCCCUAGCGAGGGACCGCAUCUGUGGUCCUGGCGGCGGCGGCACGGCGAAGCAGCCGUUGGAGACGUGCCAGCCGUGCGGCAACUUGCACUGUACUACAAUACGUCGGCCUCAUCGAACGUUAGCUGCGUCGAGCGGAGCAUGCUUCCGCCGCUGCCGCCGGCAUGGUCGUUGUGCGCCAUCGCGUCGGCGGGGUGCGUGGGUGGUGGUUCGCGUGGAGGUUGAGGACAAGCGAGAAGUGCGCGCCGAUGUGGUUUUAAGGGAGGCGGCGGACGCGCAUUGA